AUGGAAUCAGCACCUACUAUCACGAUUGAGAGAAACAACAUUGUACCUACAUUACUUGAUGUUUACAAGUCCAACUUUCUUUCAAUGAAGUUUGUUAAGUUUAUUAUCCAGGAUGAGUUAGCUCAAGAUCUGGAUGGUGUAAAGCGGGAAAUAUAUUCCAUCUUUUGGGAUGAUAUCACAAACCAGUAUUUUGAAGGAGGAAAGAGUCUUGUUCCACGAGUUGGUCCCGAUGUGACGGAUGAAUUGUGUAAAAUACUUGGAAGAGCUCUUAUUCAUUCCUUUCUGAUCACUGGCAUAUGGCCAAUUCAGAUUUCGAAAUUGUUUUCCAUUGUAGUGUUAGGAGGAGAAGAAUCCCUUACAGACGACGAUUUUUUGGAUGCAUUUUUGGACUACGUCCUCGAGUUUGAAGCGGUAGUCUUGCAGAAUGCUUUAACCGAAGCUGAAAGCGGGGUAAUGAAAGCUACAACACAGCACCAAGUUUUGGAAGUUCUUUCGCCCUUUGGUCUGCGAAUGUUGCCCACACAUAGUAACAUCAAAUCUAUACUGGUCAACAUAGCCAAGUGCGAAUUGGUGCAGAAGGUCAAUCGUUCAAUCAACAAAUUCCGAGAAGGUAUACAAGAUAUGGAUGCUCAGAUUCUUGCUGAUGUAGAUAAAGAAGACGUUCUUCAAAUGUAUGAUGAACUUCCUCCCACUCCAACAAAGGUGUUGUCCUUGAUAAAAGCUGAUGUAGAUGGCGUAUUAACCAAGUCACAAGAGGAAGUGUUUUGCCACCUAAAGCGAUACGUGAAUGCCGCUGAUACAGCUACACUGAAACGGUUUAUCCGUUUUGUUACUGGCAGCAGUUUCCUGGUAGCUAAGGAAAUCAAGGUGAUAUUUCAUCUCAGUAUAGCACGCCUGCCUUGUUUAGUUGCUCACACGUGUGGAUGCACAGUCGAUCUACCAGUUGGAAGUUACACCGGUUUUCUUGAUUUCAAAACUCAGCUGGACAACAUUUUAUGUAAUCCAGAAUCCUGGAAAUUUAGGCUAGUGUAA